AAUUCUUCCCAGAAAAAGUCUAUAUUUUCAAACAACUAUACAAGAAGGCACGUUCUAUACUAACAUGUUAACAACUAAUGUUUUUUCUCUUUUAGCCAUUUCAUUAAGCUCACAAUAUUCUUCUUGACCUUUACAAACAUAAACGUGCUACUCUUACCCACUAUUUGCUAUCCUUAUGUCUAUUCAAAAAUUCUACUAGUAAUUCUAACAUCAAUAAUCUUUCUCUCAUACAACAAAAGAUGAGAGAAAGAAAACACCAUUUUGUCAUUUUUGCUUUUCUUGUACUGUUUUUUGCAAAUGUAGCCACUUCAACUUCUAAAGGAAAAUUUACGCCGGCUGAUACUUAUCUGAUCAACUGUGGAUCCCCUGAUACUACAUUGCUUGAUGAUGGAAGGACUUUUAAGUCUGAUCCUCAAUCUGCUUCUUACUUGUCUACUGAUCAGACUAUUUUAGCUUCUGUUAAGUCUUUACAAGAAAAGGUCUCUUCUUUUUCCUCUGAAUCUUUGUUGUAUCAAACAGCAAGAAUAUUUGAAAGUGAAUCUUUGUAUAGAUUUCUUGUUUUUCAACCGGGCAGGCAUUGGGUGCGUUUGUACUUUUAUCCUCUUUCACAUCCAAAUUACAUUCUAACAAGUGCUAUGUUCAGUGUUUCUUCUGAUAGUAUUGUUUUACUGCAUGAUUUCUCAGUGAAGGAUACUAGUAAACCUGUAUUCAAAGAAUACCUUAUUAAUAUUACUUCAUCUCAAUUUACCCUCAAAUUUUCACCUCAGAAGAAAUCUUUUGCUUUUAUCAAUGCUAUUGAGUUUGUCUCAGCACCAGAUGAUCUCAUUCCUGAUUCAGCUGCUGCAGUUUCCCCUGUUGGUGAUUUCAAUGGCUUGUCUCAAUUCGCGUUUGAAGUAAGUUAUCGGCUAAAUAUUGGAGGGUCAAUUGUCACACCUAAAAAUGAUACAUUGUGGAGGACAUGGUUGCCUGAUGACCAGUAUAUGGUAUUUCCACAAGGAGCUCAGAAUGUAUCGGUUCCUCCUGAGACGAUCAAAUAUCCGGAUGGAGGUGCAACACCUUUGAUUGCUCCGCGAUGGGUUUAUUCCACAGCUGAUAGGAUGGCAGAUGCUGGUGUGGCAAACUCUAAUUUUAAGCUAACGUGGGAGAUGAACGUUGAUCCGAGUUUUUCUUACUUGAUCAGAAUGCAUUUCUGUGAUAUUGUGAGCCAAGGCCUAAAUAAGUUGUACUUCAAUGUCUAUAUUAAUGAGAUAACGGGGGUUUCUAGUCUUGACCUCUCAACACUCACUUCAGAUUUGGCCACCCCUUAUUACAAAGACUUUGUGCUCAAUGCCACAGCCAUAACCAACGGCUCAAUCAUCGUGCAGGUGGGGCCCGCUGCUGAUAUUCUGUCUAGCCUCCCAAAUGCCAUCCUCAAUGGGUUAGAGGUCAUGAAGAUAAGCAACAUGGCGGGAAGUUUGGAUGGGCUGUUCUCAUCUGGUGGACCGAAUGCAGGCCUAGUGCCAAAAUCUCGCGGUAUGAGAAUUGCUGCUGCUUUUGGAUUGGCAAUGGGGGUUACAGCAAUAGUACUGCUUGUAAUGGGCAUUGUGAGGUGGCGAAGGAAACCAAAAAAUGGUUGGGAGAGGCAGAAGACAUUCUCCUCUUGGCUUCCUCUCAAUGCCAGUUACUGUAGUUUCAUGUCAAGCAAGAGCAAGACUUGUUCAACAAUCAUAUCCUCUGGCCUCAACUUUGGCCGGCUUUUCACUUUCAAUGAAAUCAAGAUUGCAACAAAAAACUUUGAUGAAAAGGCAGUCAUUGGUGUUGGAGGCUUCGGAAAAGUCUACCUUGGUGAAUUGGAAGAUGGAAUAAAACUCGCCAUAAAACGAGGAAAUCCAUCAUCCUCACAAGGUAUAAACGAAUUCAGAACGGAAAUUGAGUUGCUAUCCAAGCUUAGGCAUAGACAUCUUGUUUCACUCAUUGGGUAUUGCGACGAACAAUCAGAAAUGAUUCUUGUCUAUGAGUACAUGUCUAAUGGUCCUCUUCGCGACCACAUUUAUGGUUCCACUUUGCCAACUCUAUCGUGGAGACAAAGGCUCGAAAUUUGCAUAGGAGCUGCUCGAGGACUACACUACCUUCACACUGGAUCAACUCAAGGAAUAAUACACCGUGAUAUCAAAACAACAAACAUCCUCCUGGAUGAGAACUUUGUCGCAAAGAUGGCUGAUUUUGGCUUGUCAAAAACUGGUCCUUCACUGGAGCAAACGCAUGUUAGCACAGCAGUGAAGGGUAGUUUUGGUUACCUUGAUCCUGAGUACUUCAGAAGACAACAACUAACAGAAAAAUCUGAUGUUUACUCCUUUGGGGUAGUCCUAUUUGAGGUAUUAUGUGCAAGGCCUGCACUUGAUCCAGCAUUGCCAAGAGAACAAGUAAAUUUAGCAGAGUGGGCAAUGCAGCAGCACAGAAAGGGUUCUCUGGAGAAGAUCAUGGACCCUAAUCUUGCAGGAACCAUUAGGCCCGAGGCGUUAAGGAAAUACGUGGAAGCUGCAGAGAAAUGCUUGGCAGAAUAUGGGGUUGAUAGGCCUACAAUGGGAGAUGUUUUGUGGAACUUAGAGUAUGCUUUGCAACUUGAAGGAGCAUCCCCACAGAGUGAUCUUCCAGUGGAAAAUGAGAACGAAAAUUCAAAGCCAAGUUCUUCAGAACAACCUGGGAUGAAUCCGAAGGCCAAUAAAGAGGAUCAGCUAAUUAACAUCAAUGAUGAUUCUGGAGUGGUGGUUGGUUCUCCUAUGUUCUUAGAAGAUUUUCAAGGAAGAUAACUGAUAUUACACCAACUCUUUUUUUUUUUCAUUUGAUUUUCUGCUUUCAUGUUUUUACUUUACUUCUCAAGCAAUCUUGGGUUAUCUGUGAUUGAUUUCUUGUUUAGUUCAUGAUGACUGGAGACAUGCCAAAGUUUGUCUAUGUAAGAGGAGCUAAUUGAGUUUCACUUUUAAGUACUUGUAGCUAUAUUUACAGAUUUAUCUUCA